AUGAGUUAUGAUGCUCUUACAUCCCAUAGACCUGAACCGGGUGCAGAUAAUCUCCGGUGGGGUCAGAAAAUUAUAGAGGAUGCUUCUCAGAGGCCAGCCUCCGGACAAUCCUCUUCUUUUUCAAAGGAAAAUGCCAGCGUUGAACCCCCACUCUCCAGGCGGGCUUCUACUGCCAAUGUUGACGCUUUGAGCCUUCAAAAUGCUUCGGAGGACUCAAUCGACUUACUCGGACGAACAUUCGCAGUUCGGCUCAAGGAAUUCCCCCCAGAUAUUGCCUACGAAAAGCUCUCGCAAAUCAUGAAGAUCCUUUUCAAACCUUGA